ACAGGUGAAAAGGUAACACAUCUUUGACAUCCCCACGACCGCACUUGAGCAGCCGCAGCAGACAGAUCUUCCUCGACACCCACCGGCGGCUAAGCGGAUAUGGCGGCUUCACCGGCAACAUCGUCCGCGCCCGCGGGGGCCUCCUCCUUCGCGCGGCUAUCCAGCGCGCCUCUGCGUGCGCCCAGAGCCGCCGCCGCCUCGUUCCCGUCGCCCAACUCCGCUCGUCCGGCCGCGCUGGUCGCGGAUGCUCGGGCCUCUCGGCUCCCCGUCGUGGCCGCAGCCGCCGCAGGGCACCAGCGGCUGAUGGGGUCGCUGACCAACAACGAGGGGCUCAGGUUCGGCGUGGUUGUGGCACGGUUCAAUGAGAUAGUGACCAACUUGCUUCUGCAGGGGGCUCUAGAGGCAUUCGAGCGAUACUCGGUCAAAGCAGAAAAUAUCACCGUUGUUAGUGUUCCUGGCAGCUUUGAAAUUCCUGUUGCAGCACAGAAGCUUGGGAAGUCUGGAAAGUAUGAUGCAAUUUUGUGCAUUGGGGCUGUGAUUAGAGGUGACACAACUCACUAUGAUGCUGUUGCAAACUCUGCUGCUUCAGGUGUACUCAAUGCUGGAUUGUCUGCCGGUAUUCCCUGCGUAUUUGGUGUUCUGACCUGUGAUGACAUGGACCAGGCGCUAAAUCGCGCUGGUGGGAAGGCUGGAAACAAGGGUGCCGAAACCGCUAUAACUGCCAUUGAGAUGGCCUCGCUGUUUCGGCAUCACUUAGCCUGAUGGCACCAAAUGCUAUUGUCGAGCCAGCAAGACUUUCUCCCCUGUCCGUGGCAAUCGGAGUUUUCUUUUUCCACAGUUGUUUCAAAUUUCUUUGUAUUACUGCAGGCUAGUCUCCGAUCUGUCGUUUCAAUGUUAUUUUGGUCUGUAUGUAAGUAGCCCGGUUGCCGGUCCACCUUUGCCCGCAAGAAACUUGCAAGCCUAGAGCAUGAAUAAACUUUUUUUUGACACAGAAUAAAUCUUUUUCUAGAUGCACGAAUAAACUUUUUCGCCGUUGCAUCGCUAA